GUUGCAUUAUCGUGCUAUCUACAAAUAUUUUUACGUUGAUAAGUCUCCACUGAUUUACAUAAAUGAUUUUGAAAAAUGGAUCGUUUAAUUCCCGUCAUAAAUAAGUUACAAGCUGUCUUUGAUAAAACUGGGACGAGUGUGGCGUCUGCGAUUCAGCUGCCAAAAAUCGCCGUGCUGGGGAGUCAGAGUUCUGGGAAGAGUUCGGUGCUGGAGGGAUUAGUCGGCAAGCCAUUUUUACCCCGAGGAAAGGACAUCGUGACACGAUGUCCCAUCGUUCUCAUGCUCAACAAUCGUCCAGGGAAAGAAGAGUACUGCGAAUUCGAGCACAAGAAGGGGACCAAGUUCAAGAUCGAGCAGGUGGAGGCGGAAAUUCUGCGCAGGACAGAUGAGCUGACGGGGGGCGGAAAGGGUGUGGUUCAUGACCCCAUCCUCCUCAGCGUUUACUCACCAAACGUGCUCACCCUCACCGUCGUCGAUCUCCCCGGACUCGUCAAGAAUGUGACCGAUGGACAGCCCGACGACAUCGUGGAAAGGGUGGAGGAACUCGUUUUUGACUACAUUUCCCAACCAGACACCCUCAUUUUGGCCGUGUCAGCGGGCGAUGUGGAAAUUGCGAAUUCAGAAAGUAUCAAUUUUGCAAAGAGGGUCGACCCCGAACAAGAGCGGACUUUAGGCGUGGUCACCAAACUGGACAAAGCGGACGACUUGGAAGAUGUCUUGGCAGGGAAGAAAAUUCCCUUAAAGUUGGGUUUCGUUGGAGUUAUGAAUAGAUCCCAACAAGACCUCGACAAUGGGGUCACUGCUGAUGAAAUUCUUGCCCUAGAACGACAACUGCUGCAAGCCAAGUACACCCAGAUAGCGGACCGGCACGGCAUGCCAUUCUUGGCAUCCCGUCUGAAUCAAAUUCUGUUAAGUCGGAUCAAAAAGUGUUUUCCAGCCUUGGAUGCCAAAAUUAAGGACCUUUUCCGCAAGCGGGAACAAGAUCUCGCCGACCUUGGUGAAGAAGCGACUGACAAAAUGUCCACGAAGGACAAACUAAAAUGCUUAACUACCAUCUUGAACAAAUUCGAAAAAGUUUACAAAGCCCAAUUCGACGGACAAGGGCGAACAGACAUUGACCCCAGCGAACUAACGGCAGGGGCCAAUAUCGAUUUCAUAUUUCAGCACACCCUCGCGAAGGACCUGUCCUUGUUAAAUCCGCUGAUUGGAAUUUCUGACGAGGAAAUCAUGAUCGCAGUCAGAAAUGCGGGAGGCGUCGCGUCAGAACUGUUUAAUCCACAGAUCGCCCUCCAACACUUGAUCAAAAGAGAGGUCGCGAAGAUGAAACCAGUCGCGCUCCACUGCGUCGACAUGGUUCAUACCGAAAUGAGAAAAACCAUAGCAAAAUGUCUCCCCUACGAGCAGCGCUUCCUCACCGUGAACGACGCCAUCGAAACGGUCGUCAUCGACCUGCUCACCGCGAACGAGCGCGUCACCCGCGACAUUAUGGAAACCUACAUCGACAUCCAGGCCUCCUGCGCGAAAACGUUCGACCAAACGUAUCGCGCCGAACUGGCUGAGAAAAUGGGGACCGUGAACACCGUUGGGCUGGGCGACAUGCCGCUCAGCCAUAUUUUAACGGACAACAAUGGCGCCGCGCUGCUCACACUUUCGGGAAGUCAGGCAUUCUCACUUGACCCCAAUUCCACCUUUACCCAACAGCAGACCACGCUCUGCCAAAUUGUGAGGGACUUGAUCGAAACGUUUUUCAACAUUGUAAGAAGACAGGUGCAAGACCACGUGCCCAAGUCGUUGCUGCAUGCCCUCAUCUAUUCCACGGUGGAUAAGUUGAGCAUCACGUUGGCCACCCACUUGUGCCCCGAGGUGGACGAAUUAAUUCGUGAAGCUGAUGCCAUUUCUGAGCAAAGGACGUACAUCAAGUUAGAGUUGGAAGGUCUUACAGAAGCAACCAAAAUCUUGGAUGAGUAUCGCGGAACAAGUGCAAUAUAAAUUACAGAUAUUUUCUAGAUUUGAAUUGCAUUUUAAUAAAUUUAAGCUUGUUUUGUCCAUAUACAUACUUGAAAAAUACAUGUUUUGCUCCACACAUAUUUUUGUUAUGAGGAAAUUUAUAAUUACAGAUAUUUACAUACAUACCUACAUAUGUACUAAUUACUCCUUGCUUCUAAUAAUUGUUAAUAAAAACUUUACCAAAU